UGGCGGGGCAGGUUGUGGGGCACAAUGAGAAGCCUUCUGCCGGGUCUUUUGCAUCAAUUCAUCUCGUGCCUCUUUCUACAACUGAUCACACAAACGAAAAAUUUUACUCCAAGAUUUUGGAUGGUGUUUUGAAAUUAGAAAACUCAACUUGUAACCAAUUCUUCAGGAGGAAAGAAACGUUAAGCUAAACCACCCUGAUAAAUAAGGCCGAAAGAGAAGGUGUCAAUCGAGAAUUAUCCGGCAGCUGUUCUGUUAUUAUUUUUCUGUAAAUUUUGUAGCGUAAACCUUGCUAAACGUUGAAUCAAACGGAGAUUGAUUCAUCUACUUAUUUAAUUAAGAAUUGCUGUGAAUCUGGGCUCACGGACAGAGCAUUGUUAUCUUACUGUGUUCAGGUCGGACGGAAGGAUUGUGAAGAAUCAUGGCGGUUCGCUAUGAUGGAAAGUUGGGAAAGUUGGUUUUCGCUAGUGAAGAUCAUAGGAAACCCAACAUUAUUCGAGGCAAUAGUGGUGGUGGUGGUACCGGAAAAUUGUUAACAUCAAAAUUUCCGAAUAAUAGUAAAAACUCAUUUGAGAACUCUUUCAAACAAACGAUCUCAUCUGCUAAUAAUCAUAAUGUGUCGUUUCCACAAGAAACCCACCAUCAUUUUGACUCGUUAACAUCUAUAACAGGGGACUUGGAUGACGAUGAUUCAAAUUCGAAUAAUCAAAUUUACAUUACAGACGACUAUCAUCAGCUUAUUCAGCCUUCAGAAAUAUCCCCAUUCUUACAAAAUAAUCUGGAUCGCCUUGUUCACUCGUCGAUUCAAACACAUUCUGGGAAUUACAUAAUGGUGAUCCGUGAUAACGAGAUUCUAAGUAUGCAUUCGCAAGAUGAAGAAGAAGGAAAUGUUGAGUCGUCUGAUAUUGUUGAAGAAAAUGUCGACAUGUUAUUGGACGGGACAACUGAGUGUGAAGAAAUAGAGUCGUCAAAUAUCGAGCAAGAAGUUUGCGAUGAAGAGAUUAUAACUGCCGUUCAAAAUAUUGAACCAAGCUCAGAGACUGAAUUAUGCAUCGAAGCCGAAGACUCAAUCGGCGAGGAAGAGGAACAUCUCGGAGGAGGUUCUGAAGUUUUGGACCUAGUAGAAGAUUCCAACUUGCCUGCUUCAGCAGCGGAAGAACAAUAUGUUAUGGUUCAACUUCCCGAUGGAAAUAAUUAUUUGAUUCCAGCAUCGUCAUUACAAGGUUCCAGUUUCGCUGUUGACAAUGAGAGUGGUGUUGAUGGACAAGUAUUUAUAAAUGAGAACGGUGACCAUCAGAUUAUUCAAGUGCUCAAUUCAAAUUCCGAAAUGCACGUGCAACAAGUACAAACAAUGGUAAAUGGCAGUUCUCGUCCAACUGCCAAAACCAAUAUUAAUAGUGCGUCUAGGUCUCGAAAACGACAGUGUCACAGCAUUCAAAACUCCCAUGUGCCGCCGCCGCAGCCGACAAAAAGGCUUCAUGUUAAUAGUACCACGACAUCAAAUAAUCGAAAUAAAAAUGGUAAUUUUUUGCCAAUUGUAAAUGUUGUCAAUAAAUCUUCUCAAGUGCAGAGAAAACCCAAACAACAACAACAACACACUUAUCCUCAACAAAGGCCAUUACCGCAAUCUCGCAGUUCUGUUGUUAGUUCCACUAUUGUAAAAUCAAAACCGCUACCGGAAGAUUUGAAACCACGUCCAUUCAGAUUCGACAUGCCAGAAGAUGAAAUUGUGACAACUGACACAUCCACGGAUUACUUGUCUCUAGUCAUCGAACAGUUUCAAAAAGAGAAUUGUCCAAAGUAAGCUUAUUACAACAAUGGUGUGUUUUAUAUCUUCAAUUCCACACGUGAUUCCACUGCACUAUUUACCACUGAUAACGAUGAUUAUUUAACCUUACGUUCCUUAUCUUUACUUGUGAUGCAUCAACAAAUCAAUAAAUCCAGAAGCAGAUUCAUUUUUGAUUAUUAAUGACGUAACCAAUUUUCUUCUCAGCGUCAGGGCAGGCAGAGCUGGGAGGAUUUUAAGCAAUCGUAUCUCUCAUCAGGUCAUCAAGAAAGAUGCAAAGCAAACUUUCACUUUAUGCACAUUUGAUGGAAUCCCGUUUACAUAUUUAAUUUA